CUCAAGCUAACAGAUCUUAUUUCAUUGCCACGGAUACCAUGUUUGGACUUGGGAACGUAACAUAUUUUACAUAUUUUAGUGAGUUUAACAGACCCUGGAAAGGGGCUGCUUAUAUUGAGGCAACAAUCAUGACAACAUUGUUCGUAAUGUCUGUUAUCGGAAACUUCUUCAUUCUUGGGAUUAUGUUCAAGACAAGAAGUUCGAGAACCAUAACCAACUACUUUGUAUGCAAUCUUGCCAUUGGCGACAUUUUGUUCGCUACAGCUGCACCAUUUGUUGCUUACGUCAGAAUCACAGGCACGUGGCGUCUUGGAGACGGUAUGUGUCAUCUGUUGACUUAUGGGAUGUUUGUGUGCGCCAUUGCAAUGAUUUGGACAAUGGCGGUGAUUAGCGUGGACAGGUACCUUUGCAUCAACAAAGGGAUGGUGAAUAGAAUACGAACAGGCCAUGUUGUUUUGAUUUGCUUAUGUAUUUGGAUUGUCAGUGCAUGUUGUUUCCUCCCAUUAGCUCUUUUCUUUCACCUCAAAGACAUAGAAGUUGGUGAAGAAAUGGCAACAAUAUGCUCGUUGCUAUGGCCACGAGGAAGAAUUCAUUAUUCCGCGUUCUUUAUGGCAAUGUUGGUAUUGUUUGCCUUCUUCAUGCCAAUGACUGUGAUCACCUUUAACUACUAUCAAAUAUUCCGGAAAUUUUGGUCCUCAAAGAAAGCAGUUGGUGCUUUAUGCCAUAUUCAGACAAGGAGCCAAAGAGUGGCAAUUGCAAGAAGAAACAAGGAUAUAAAAAUGGUGAAGACACUUAUUCUACUAGUGCUGGUGUUUGUCAUCAUGUGGCUGCCGCUGUUUGUAGUUUUGGGAAUGUUACACCAUGACGUUUCUUACAGAAACAACAGUUUACCAUCAUAUGUACUCACUUGGACUUUGAUUAUAGCAUAUAUCAAUCCAUGUGUUAACCCGUUUUUGUAUGGAUUCAUAAACCUGGAAACUUGCCAGAAUGUGUUAUUCUGUUGCAGCCAGUAUCAAAAUUCCUCGGAGGACCUACUCGCUAGUAAUACUAACCUCAAUGACAGAAAUGACAUUACUCGGCCGUAACAAUCGUAACCAUGGUAACACAAAUAUCGAGUUGAAGUUGUCAGGCAUUUAAUAAGAGAUAUCAAAUGAUUUAAGGAGCUGAUAAAUGGAUGACAAAUAACAUUUCAAAACAUAUAUAGUUAAACCUGUUUUUUGUUUUUGUUUGGAUUUACGGUGCACCAACACAAUUAAGGUCAUAAUGGCGCCGAAACAGGAAAGAUGAUAUUGACUUACCUCGGGUGUUACAAAUUAAAAGCAACAUCAGGAGUCAUAACCACCUCACCUGCUGGAGCUAAGAGAUAAUUUUGACCUAUUUAGUCGCCUCUUACGAUCAUGCACGGUGACACGGUGGCUGAAUUCUGAUGCCUCAGUCCGUAAAGACAACACCUCCGCUACAAUUAAGGGCCAUUAUCAUAUAGAAA